GUGGAUGAUUUUCUGCGCGCGCUCGAUGAUUUUCAACCGGUGAUACCGGACGAGCUGACGAAUCUGUACCUGAAGCGCGCGGGCGCGGCGACGCCGGACGCGCGGGUGACGCGGUUGGUGUCGCUCGCGGCGGAGCGGUUCGUCAGGCAGAUCGCGGACGACGCGUACAGGUGCGCGGUGCAGCGGAAUCAGGCGCAGGCGCGGGAGAAGAAGGAGCGAGGGUACGACCCGAGGGAUAAGCGGUUGGUGCUGGAGACGGAGGACUUGGCGGCGGCGCUCAAGGAUUACGGGGUGAACUUGCAUAAACCGCCGUAU